UGGAAGUGUUUGUUUUCGUAAAGUAAUGAGAGAUAAUGUAAAUGUUUUGUUUCAUAGUUAUUAAAGUGACAUAGUAUAUUUCGCAUGGAAAAUGGAAGAGAUGCAAGAACGUGAUAAUGAGCUUGAAGAUCUGAAGAAGUUCAUCGACUCUUCUUAUGAAAGUGUGGAUAGUAUUUUAGAAGCGUUAGAAUGGGACAGGGAUCAUAUACUUACGACGGACAUUUCAAGUAGUAUGGCGACUUGCCCAAUAAGUAGCCAACACAGGGUACCAAAUGAAAGAAUGUCCAAACAUGUUACUCGUUGCAAGUGGAAAAAUGAAGGUUACAGUGAUGCAGAUGUGCCAUUGCCAGAAGUAACUGAGCACAACAGAUCUACUAUUGUUCUUGAUAAGCAGCGCCAGUUGUAUCUUUUGAAACAAAUAACUCCCAAAUCAGAAGAUAAUUCAACACUUGAGGCGAGAAAUGUGCCACAGACAGCAGAGAGGCUAAUGUCCGACUUUAGCAGUUCUGAAAGGCUCGCUCUUUAUAAUUAUGCGGUUGCAAAUACAAUGCCUCCAGCAUUUCUGAAAGCAGACGAGCUCAGUAUCUCCUAUAAGAAGGACGAGGGAACACGUGCAAAAACGAAGUUGGAGUUGUUAAUGGAAAUGAGGGAUGCAAAGCGACGAAGAAUUAGUUAUCGUAGCAAGAAAGUUCAUACUAACCGAAAAAGCCAUGUUGAGAUAUUACGGGAAGUUAUACAAAAUCAGAUGGAUUUCCUUCGGGAAAUCAAUAGUAAAGAAAACGAAGAAGAUGUUGGAAGUACAAGAAGUUCAGAAACUAAUAUUAUAAAAGUGGAGAAUGAUACAACUGAGAUCGAUAUACCGGAAUGGAAGCGGAAUAAUCGUGACACAAAAAGUGAAACAAAUGCUUAUGACAGCAGUGGAGAUUUUUCUAGGUUACGAAGGCAUGAUUCACAGGAAUGGUACACAAAGGAUAAAUAUGGUUCUAGGAAGAGGGACCCUGAGUCGAAGGUUCAUAAUGGGUCUUACAGAAGAGAUGCUGGUUUAAGAUAUGAUAAGUAUGAACAGAGUUCAACAAAUACAGACAUGAGUCAGGUUCUUUAUGAUGAUCAUUCAGGCACUCAAAGUGAAAGUAGAAGAGAAAAAAAUACUAAUUGGUACUACAAAAGAAAGAGAGAGAGAUCUGAGAGUAGUGACUGGGAAAGUGGAGACAAUGAAAGAGCAAGAAAAGUGGAAUCUACUUAUUAUGAAACAGAACGUAGCAAACAUCACAAAAAACAUGGCCAUAGAUGUGAAUCUCACAGGUCACACGAAAGUUCAUUUUCUAGAUCAGAGAAGAGAAUCAAAGAUGGAAAGAAAAGAAUGUAUGAGACUAUGAGCACUAACGAAUUUGAGUAUGGUGAAACAAGCAAAUGUGACUCUGAGAAACAAAAAUACCAUGAUGUAAAACACAAACAGUAUAAAUUGAAAGCAGUGAGCAGGAACUUUCACAGAAGUGACUCAGAGAGUAGUGAAUUUUCGUACGGCAAGCAAACGGCUCAAGAACAUAAAACUGCCCACACUUAUGCAUCAGAAGAGGAGUAUGUUCAUGAUAAGGAAGAGAGUAUCUCUAAUAGUUAUUAUUCAUAUUGGAAGCAAACCAAGGAGGAGAAAGAAGGGUCUGAGAAGAAAAGCAGACACCACAAGAAAAAGAAAAAGAAGAAAAAAUCUAAAUAUGAAGAUCGUAGCUCAUCUGACUGAAGGCAAUUUAAGAUGAAUCAGAGGUGCCAGAGCAUUGUAAUUGAUUGUCUUUGUUUUUUAGUCAUUCUGUGAGUUAAGAAACUCAGAAACCUGGCACUCUUUAAAACUUUUGA